AUGGGAGAUGGUGUGCAGCAGAGCGGAGCCGCUCAAUCCGGAGGUGGACCCCGAUUCCGGAUCGUUCCAGGACCAAUGCUUGGCGAGAAUAGCCGUUCGAAUGGUCCUCGUAAUUGUGCCGUUUCACAGCAAAUUGCAAAGAUGAUAACGUGGUACGGUGUUGAGAUUCAACCGCAAGCAUAUCCAAAUGAUGGAUCGUCAAUGAAACAAGAUGAGAUGAGCAAUUCACCUUCAAUUAACCGACCACAAACAACAACAUCAUCAUCGCCACACAUGAUCAUCAGUGGUACGCCUUUGAGACAACAACAACAAGCCGUGCAGUGUGUGGUUAUGAAUAAUCAAGCAGGGGUAUCAAUGAAUGGAAGUGCAUUAUCGUCAUCGAAUGCGAUCACAAAUCCGGCCACACCAAAUCAACAUAAACCGUUACCAUCGUCCGCAUCUGUAACGUCAACAGCCACAGUCACAGCACAACAACAAAGACCAACUACUGCUCCGAAUGCCGCUGAACAAGCGAGCAUGGUAUCGAAAUGUGCUCGUUUCUUCAAAACACUUAUUCAUCUAUCGCAACAACCUGAUCAACAACAAGGCCAACAGACUGCUGUACGCGUUACUGAACUCGUCAAGGUAUAUAUUCAUUGCUUUUAUCGUGCCAUCUUGGUCAUAUAUGGUACAAUGCCUCCAGAAGAAUUCACCAGUCGAUUGCAACAAGCGCUUCGUUCUCAAGCUCAGCCGCAUUUGCUUCCAUUUUUGCAAAAGACUGAAUUCCAGACACUACCAGCAUUGAGGGCUGCAAUGCAAAAAGGCGAAGUUGUUAUAGAAGGUAUUGACGCUCAGCCGUGUCAAAAUCAACCUCAACCACAGCAGCAUUCGUUAUCCUCAUCAAAUGAACUGCAGAACUCACCUCAGUGGGAUGCUUCUAAUCGCCGAUCUAACAAUGACAAUGUCACAUACAUACAACAAGUGAAUAAUAAUUCAUCAGUUGGUCCACAAGUUGAUCGACAAGCAAAUGUAGCAGCGACAACCUCAUCCUCAACAAGCUUAAAUCAAAACAAGACUGAAUCGACCUCAAAUUCACUUUCAAACGAUGAAUCAAAUUCGUUAUCACAAGUUGAAUCUGUUGAAACUGCGAUGACAUGUGAUAGUGAUCUACGUUCAUUACCAGCUAAUUAUGCACCCUAUAGAUUACUAAAUGUUGACGUCUUAACCAGAAAGAUUCAACGAGCGAUGCCAGAUGGUGGGCAAACGGUAUCAGAUGAAGUGACCAGUAUCAUAUCAAAAGCAGCUGAAAAUCGUCUUCGUGCUGUCAUAGCACGUUUAUCAGUAAUUGCUGAGCAUCGUCUAGAACAAUUACGCAAUCAUCCUAUGUAUCAAGCACUGGACGAUACACGUCGACAGUUGCGAUUUCUCGAAGAAUUGGAUAGACGUGAGCAUGAAAGGAGGGAAAACCGUGAGAAAGAAGCACUUAUUCGGUUGAGUAAGAGUAAAAGUAAGGACAAAGACACACUUGUCGAGAAGGCCAAACAGCUACAACGUGCUGAUCAAGAAGCAGCACGGAAUCGUGAUGCAAAUGCAGCUGCAAUCGCUGCGUUGGGUGGUAGAAAAAGUAAUAAGCGUUCAUGGGCUGAUACGAAUAAUCCGUUCGAGCAGUCAAUUUCAAUGGGGCUAUCUGCAUCGGUUCUCAUUUGUUCAUUAAGACUCGUUUUCACCCAUCGUCCACGAACAAAACGAGUGACCAUGCGUGAUUUUCAAUUUCUGCUAUCGCAUGAUCCUUUGAGUUGUCAUUCAGUUCUGCGAUUACGUCUUUCACUGUUCAAUACGCCCAUCGACUUGCAUCCGAGCUGA